AUGGCAAAAUUUGUAGCGAGCAUAAAGGCAAUAAUAACGCGUCUCGUUUUCGCGGCACACGGUUUCGUAGCUAUAUGGCAAGUGACGAAAUUCAAACGCAAUCCAAUUUAUUGGUACCUCAGUUGUCCAAUAAUACUACUGUUUUUCGAAGGAAUUUUCACGCUCACCAUCAAAGAAAAUCAAGAAUGGAAGUGGUUUUGCCCGUCGGUCUUUCUGUACCUGGGCAGCGUCGUGCCGGCCAUUUGGCUCUUGGAGUUGGACAAGGUCGACAGGAGAAUGAGAAACUUCGGCUCGAGCGUCAUCUUCGACGACACGUUCGACCUGACGAACGUCGAGGACUUGAAGCAGCUCCAGAAAACUCUGGGGACCAACAUCCGUCUGCCAGACAUCCAAAUGUCGACCGAGAUGUGGGUGACCCUGAUUGAGCAGUUCCUCAUGCUGAUCCUCAUAGUGGGCCGGUGGAUGCUACCAAAGGGCGAGCUGACGCGCGACCAACUGAGCCAACUGCUCCUCGUGUACAUAGGCACGGCGGCCGACAUAAUCGAGUUCUUCGACUCGUUCAAGGAGGACAGGGUCGCGCGGGAGCCCAUCCUCGUUUACCUGACCCUGGGCAUGUGGUCGUGGUCCCUCAUGCAGUUCACCGUCGUGCUCACCGCCACGAAAUCGCGAAAGUCGCGGCUGUCCUCGGGAUCGGCCCUACGGAAGAAGACCACCAGAGGAACCAACUGCUGCAACAUCGACGUCUGGGCCAUCGCCAUAAACAUGCUGCUCCAGGACGCCCCGUUCCUCAUAUUCCGGCUGAUACUGAUAAUCCACUUUAAAAUCGUGAGCUACAUGAACAUAUUCUUCACGUGCAAGAACACCCUGGUGAUACUGCUGCAGAUGUAUCGUUUGUACGUCGUGCAGAGCGAGAACCGCGAAAAACGCGAGAAGCUGAAGAGGACGAGGAGGAGGCGCUACUGCGAGAGUUACGAGAACGGCAACAUAAGCAUCAUUUCGCGAGCCGAUACCUGCUACGCCGAGCGGAAGAGGCGAAAUCGGAGUGGCGAAGACGAUUGCCGCGUGGACAAAAAGAGGAAGAGAAAAAGCGAGCCAAAGUCAAGGGACGUCGAAGCGAGUCGCUUGGACUCGGACGAGGAGUUGGAGAGAAGCAGGAGAACUAAGGAUGAGACGAGCAACUCGACGUCGAGUUCGAGGGCGUCUUUGAAGGGUUGUCGGGGCCGGGAGGAGCGAAGACGGCGCUCGGAUGUCGAGAAAUCGGCCAAGUCCGAUCGGCAAGAGUCGAGAGCUCGGAGGAAACGCGAGGGAAACGGAAGACGCGAAUCAACGAGCGAGCGGUCGAGCGAAGAUACCGACUCGGACUUUCGGAGUAAGAGGAGGUACAACGGGAGAAAGAGACGAUCGGAUCGUGAUUGA